CCGCCUUCCGGGAGUCGCGCCUGCGCGCUGCUAGUCCCGACGGUGCGCCUGCCUCCCGGAGUGUUCUAGCUCUGCCCGACCCACGGGGGUCUUUGGGGCCGCCUGAAAGGGAUUCGGACCCCGGCGCCUGAAGACCCCUUUUUCUCCGACCUCCCUCUCCGCCCUGGGACUCCCAGCCAAGCCGGGCCUGCAAGCCCCGCUACCCCGGGGAUUGCAGCUGUACGUUCAGAUACCACCCCCCUCCCGCCCCGAGGCUCGCGAGGGGAGUGCUUUGAGAUCUGAGAAGAGGUCGGGAGAAAGUCAGGCCAAUGGCCCCCCGGCUGCGGCUGCUGACCUGGGAUGUGAAGGACACUUUGCUUCGACUCCGCCAUCCAGUGGGGGAAGAAUACGCAGCCCAGGCUCGGGCUCAUGGGCUGCAGGUGGAGGCAGCAGCUCUUGGAUCAGCUUUCCAUCAGGCAUACAAGGCCCAGAAUCAGAAGUUCCCCAACUAUGGGCUAAGCAAAGGCUUCACCUCCAGACAGUGGUGGCUCGAUGUGGUCUUGCAGACAUUCCGCCUGGCGGGAGUGCAGAACUCCAACAUCCUCAAUGCCAUCGCCGACAAACUCUACCAGAACUUCAGCAGUGCCGAGACCUGGCAGAUGCUGGAAGGGGCCGAAUCCACUCUGCAGCAGUGCCGAGACCGGGGCCUGCAGCUAGGUGUCAUUUCCAACUUUGACCGGAGGUUGGAGGACAUCCUGGCUCACUGUGGUCUCCGCAAGCACUUCGAUUUUAUUCUGACAUCUGAGUCAGCUGGCAGGGCCAAACCUGACCCACAGAUCUUCUAUCAGGCCCUGCGGCUUGCUGAUGUAGAGCCCACCCAGGCUGCCCACAUCGGAGACCAUUACCUGAAUGAUUACCAGGCCCCGCGGGAGGUGGGCAUGCACAGCUUCCUGCUGGUGGGUACCAAGCGCCAGGACCCCUUCCCGGGAAAGGUCCCUAAGGAGCACAUCCUGCCUUCCCUUCCCCACGUUCUGGUUGCCCUCAACCACCUGGAGGGCUCAGCUCCAAAGCACUGAAAAUUGGUGGGGAAGGGAAGGUGGUAAAAUCCCUGCAAGCUGAGCCUACUAGGUGGGAGAAGGCAAUGAAAAUCUCAAGUAGUAGCACCUACUGUUGGAAACUGACCCCUUCUUCCCAUGUGGCCAGAGUGGGAGCUGUUCUCCCCUCAGCUUCAGUAGCAGCCUACCAUAAAGUCAAUGACCAUAAACUAUUGUGAUUCCUUGUUUCUUCUUAGAAAUUGGAUCAAAGAAUAUAGAACUGGAAAAAGUCUCAAAA